AUGUGCCAUGGCGUAUUGAACGUGGCUCUGGAUGCCUGGAUGCUCGUACUUCCUGCAACUCAAGUCUAUUCGCUGAGGAUGCAACGUAAGAAGAAGCUGGGCGUGAUGCUGAUGUUCGGCGUAGGAGUGUUUCUCACCGCCGUUAGUGCCUAUCGAAUCAAGGCUCUUCUCAUCUUUGCGACAUCAUACAACGUCACAGCCGACUCGUUCCAGAGCUCUCUCUGGUCCAACAUUGAGCUUUGUGUUGGCAUCUUCGUGUCUUGCCUCCCGAGCACACGUCAAGUCUGGAGAAAAUUAUUCCCCAAGAUCCUCGAAGUAACACACCUGUCUUCGAGAUCAGCUAGGAUGUCUAGAUCAGCCAAGGGUUCACACUCUGCCAGCCAAGCCUCACGAUCGGCAGCGGACCCCAAUGACCGACCGCGACUGGUAUCCUACGAGGAGUCUUCGAUAGCGCAUCUCGUCGGAGACUUCAAUGACAUCGACCUCAACAACCUCAGCGAUGCGAGAUCGAUGGAGACGGACCCGCCAAAGACGCCCAAAAACAAUGUCGUGAUACAGAAGGACCCUGUGUCAGGAAGCUCAAAAAGUAGUGAUGGAAUAAUGAGCCAGAAAGGUUGGGAUAGAUGA